UUGCGAUAACCAGAGAACAAGAUGCUGAAGGGAUUUACCCGCUCGAGCACUAGUCCUCAGUUGUGUAGCCUUUACUUCAAAGGUUUGGUUGGCGUUGACUCAUUGGCUGGAUUUGGGGUUGCAAUUUGCGGGCAUAGAGAUGAUCUCUUGUUUCAGCUGAAUGGACCAAUUCAUGGCUCGGAUAUUACUGUUUUGGAGGCUGAACUUAUAGCAUUGAAGCAAGGACUAACGGAAGCUGCGGGUUUGGGGAUCGAUCAUAUCUCGAUUUAUUGUGAUUAUUAUCCUGUUUACAAAUUAAUUUCAUUUUCGGGAAGAUUCGUGACAGAAGAGAAUAAGAUUGCCUUACUAAUUGAUGAUGUGAAACGAAUAACAGAAGGAUUUAAGUCGAGCGUCCCGAUUUUUAUAGCCGGAAACAGUAUUAGAUAUGCUUAUGAACUAGCAAGGGCGACACUAGUUUCUAAGAUAAGAAUAUAUGGGGAUCCUCCUUGCUACGUCAAGCUUGCUAAGAAAAGUACUUGCCCUAUCUGUUUCGAUGAUGAUUUAGAAGCUGAGGAGAUGUUUUAUGUUGGAAAAUGUUGUCAUCUAUUUUGUUCUGCGUGCAUGAAACGACAUAUAGAGGUGCAGCUACUUGAGGGAAGUGUGCCGAGAUGUCCUCAUUAUGGCUGCAAAUCGAACCUGACACUUGGAAGCUGUGCCCAUCUUUUGUCACCUAAAUUAAGAGAGAUGUGGGAACGAAAGAUCAGAGAGGAUUCAAUUCCUGUAUGGGUCAGAGUUUAUUGCCCAAAUCCAACAUGCUCGAUUUUGAUGUCGAAAACCGAGAUCUCUAAAUGGACUAGAGAAGCUGAAGUUAGGAGAUGUUGUUGCAUCAAAUGUGGUGAACCCUUAUGCAUCAACUGUAGAGUUCCAUGGCAUAAUAACUUGUCAUGCAACGAGUACAAGAGAUUGCAUCCAAAUCCUACAGAAAAAUGAUGGGAAACUCAAAGAUUUGACAAAUCAGAAAAUGUGGCCAAUGUGGAAAGUGCCAACACAUGACCGAACUUUCGGACGGAUGCA